AUGCUUUCACAACUCGCUGUCACUGCCCUGCUGGGCCUCACUGCAUCGGCUGCUCCUUGGGGUCCAGGACAGGGAGGCGACUGGGGACAUGGUAAUGGAGGAAACGGAAACGGCUGGGGAGGCAAUGGCGGAUGGGGAGGUCACGGUCAGCCCCCUAGCCAACCUGAGAACUGCACCCAGGAGCCAUUCAAGUUCCCCCUCUCCAACGGAUUCCCAAAUGUCGAGGUCGGCUCUCCAGAGCUCCUUGCCAUCGAGAAGCAAGCACAUGGCACUCUCCCCAAUGGCCCUCUUCCAAGCAAGAUCCAGGACGCCACCGCAACCACUCUCCAGCUCAUCGCGUUCAACGAGAUCUUCGAGGUCGCAUACUUCACCUCCCUCCUGAACAACAUCACCAGCGGUGUGUACAACGUCGGUAGCGGCGCUGCUAAGCAGAUCGUCGAGAACGCCAUCACCGCCGUCCAGGCCCAAGAAGAACUCCACGCCCUGGGCGCCAACGCCAUCCUCCAAACGGCCGGCCGCACCACCAUCCAGCCCUGUGAAUACGUCUUCCCAGUCUCCGACUUCGACAGCUCCAUCGCCCUCGCCUCCACCUUCACCGACGUCGUCCUCGGCACGCUCCAAGACGCCCUCAACAACUUUGGCACCGACGGCGACGACGAGCUCCUUGCCCUCAUCGGCGGCGUCAUCGGCCAAGAAGGCGAGCAAAACGGCUUCUACCGCAACCUCGGCGGCAAGAUCCCCUCGCAGCUCCCCUUCCUCACCCGCUCCGCCGGCCCCUUCGCAUUCUCUGCCCUUAACCAGAUGUUCGUCGUCCAAGGCACCUGCGGCAACCUCGACGCCAUCGCCCUCCCCAUCUUCAGCCCCCUGACCGUCGCGACCCAGAACAUCCAGGCGCAAGAUCAGGAUCUGUCCUUCAGCUUCAAGACCAACGGCACCGCGACCGAUACCAGCGACCUCCACAUCGUCUACAUCAACCAGCAGAACGUGCCGGUCGUGGAGCCGCUCAAGAAUGUCCAGACGCAGGGUGAUACUGUCUCCUUCCAGGCGGCUUUCCCUUUCACCGAGAACCUUAUGUUCGGAUUGACUAUUGCUGCUGUGACGAAUAGCGCGGGUCCUUUCGCGGGUGCGGAUGAUGUUGCGGCGAAGGCGCUGUAUGGGCCUGGUUUGAUUGAGAUUCAGUAG